AACAAUUAUGGCUAUAAAUUGCGUGAAAUUCUCAACAUUUUUUGAAACAGCGUCAACACGAAAAUGACUAUCUGUCUUUUGAUUAUUGCGGGAAUACUGUGUGCAAGCGGAAUAUCAGAAUGCCUUGAAUGUUUCGAUUGUCUAAAUAUCACUGAACCACGGACGUGUACAAACACGUCUCAAUGUUCAAAUAGUGAGUCCUGUUAUUUGCAAACGCUCCACUCCGGCAAUGAAGUGCGUUACGACAUGGGCUGUCAGAACGAUCAGUUUUGCAGCUCAAUGGCCGUUGGCCCCAACGGUAUCAUUGGUCGCUCUAUCAAGACCAGACAGCAGUACUCUUGUCAUGAAUGUUGCAGCAGUAACCGUUGUAACGAGAAUCUAUGUGCACAUAGAAAACCAACAGCUUGCAUCGACGACGAAACACUUGACUGUGCCCGUCUGAACUCCAUUUUUGAAGUCUGUGGUGAUGUUCAUCACGCCAAAACUACUUGUCCAAAGUUUUGCGGACUCUGUGAUCUCGUUGAUGGAAACUGGUGAAACUGGGGAGAGUGGACUUCAUGCUCAGUAUCGUGUAGUAACGGAGCGAAAAUCCGCACAAGGACCUGUUCAAACCCGUCCCCUUCCAACAAUGAACUUUACUGCACUGGGGCUGAUGUUGAGUCAAAACUGUGUUCGAACCAGCUUUGUCCGGUACACGGCAACUGGUCAGAUUGGUCCACGUGGUCUGGUUGCUCUGUUACGUGUAAUGUGGGAGUAAGAACGAAGACAAGAACCUGCACUAAUCCUAAACCAGACCGGUCAGGGAAUGGUUGCGUCGGUGAAUCUACCGAAUAUACAGCAUGCCUUAAUGAACCCUGCAGCGCCAUUGCACACGGGAACUGGUCAGAUUGGUCCAUGUGGUCUGGUUGCUCAGUUACUUGUGAUGUGGGACUUAAAAAGAAGACAAGAACCUGCACCAAUCUUAAACCAGACCGAACCGGCGACAAUUGCGUCGGUAAAUCAACCGAAUAUACAGUGUGCCUUAAUGAACCCUGCGGCGCCAGGAAUGGUGGCUGGUCGAGUUGGGGUUCGUGGCAAAGCUGUUCAGUAACAUGUGGAGGGGGACUGAAGCUAAGGAACAGGACUUGUACCAACCCGACAACGACACUAUAUGGCAAGACUUGUGAUGGAAACUCCGAGGCAUAUGCAGUUUGUGCCAAGACAGC